CAGCUGGCGAGUAAAAUCGGGGUUCCUCUGAAGGUGCUGUUUUCUCAGACAGUCGCUGCCUGUAGCUGAGAAAGGGGCGGGAUCCUUUUCGAGUAUUGUGUGUUCGAGUUGUGAUUUGCUGAAUUCAUAGACUUUUCCCCUCAAAACCCCAGCUCGCUCUCUCUCUCUCUCUCUCUCUCCUAUUUUUUUUUCCCCUUCCCUCUGAGAGAGAGAGAGAGAGAAAGGGAGAGGGAGAGAAGUUGACUUUGCGGCUGCAUCUCAGCGCGCAGUCAGCGUUAGUCCGGUCCCUAGAGCCUUGCCUGACACCAUGAGCUCGGAAGCCGAUGACCCCAAGGAAGUGGCCACAGAUGUCUUCAACUCCAAAAGUCUGGCCAUUCAGGCCCAGAAGAAGAUCCUUGGAAAAAUGGUGUCCAAAUCAAUAGCAACUACUUUGAUUGAUGAUACAAGCAGUGAUGUUUUAGAUGAGCUCUACAGAGUUACAAAGGAAUAUACACAAAAUAAAAAAGAAGCAGAGAAGAUCAUCAAAAACCUCAUUAAAAUAGUCCUCAAAUUGGCAAUUCUCUACAGGAACAACCAGUUUAAUCAGGAUGAACUAGCCCUGAUGGAGAAAUUCAAGAAGAAGGUUCAUCAGCUGGCUAAGACCGUGGUCAGUUUCCAUCAGGUGGAUUAUACCUUUGACAGGAACUUUUUGUCCAAACUGUUAAAUGAAUGUAGAGAGCUGCUUCAUGAAAUCAUUCAGCGUCAUCUAACUGCGAAGUCACACGGACGCGUCAACAAUGUGUUUGAUCACUUCUCUGAUUGUGAAUUCCUGGCUGCCUUGUACAAUCCCUUUGGACCUUAUAAAAUCCAUUUGCAGAAACUUUGUGAUGGGGUCAACAAAAUGCUAGAUGAGGGGAACAUAUAAGUACUUGUAUUAGAGGUGACUGCCUGUGAGUUAUUUGUAGAUGGAACACUGUUGAUUUAUGAAGGAAUAAGGGAGCAUGCAAAGAGGUUUUUUUACAUUAUGACAAAUCUUUCCUAAAUAUCUUUAUUAAUUGAUUUCUUACUAUGCGCUAUCUGUUGCUAUUCACAGUCCAUCUGGAAGAAAAACUGCACAUGACUUUUUUUACUGUGCUUUGCCUAUGGAACCAGCUUGAUAAAGACAAUCAAACAAAAUGGUUCAAGUAGAGUAAGAGUCUUGCAAGAUAGAUAUACAAACCAAAACAAUAUGCUGUCAGACAAUCCGCAUCUUUCACAGAUUAACAGAAUUAAUUCUAAACUAUCAGAAUCCAGUAAUGUUGGUAACAGGCUAUUGUGGUGAUGGUACACUCUGUAAUUUCUUUCAGUUACUUGUAAAAUAGACAUAUUUGAUUCAGUUAUAGUCUUUUAUGCUCUCUGCACAGAUAACCGCUUCCUAGUGUUGCCAUUAUGGAGCAUUGAGUUUUAAAUAAAAUCAGUGAUGUUGUCACAUAGAGUCUUAACAGCAGGCUUGUGCAUCUCCAGCUCAGAGGUGAAAACUUCCUGUCUGCAAGGCAGGAUCUCCCAAGUAGAGAUCCUUAUAGACCUGCACAGGUGCUUGCUUCCUUUGACUACAUGGGGAUUAUUUGAGGAAUAAGCUACAGGAAAAUAGCUGAACUGGGGAAGAGAAUUCCCAAGAAACUGCUUGUGGUACAGAAUUUUAACUCUGACUAUGAUAACAUAAAACACAGUGACUUCUCUGUGCAAUUCCUUAAGAUAUUUAGAUUUCUGCUAGUAGAAUCAUAGAAUCAGUCAUUGGGGUUGGAAGGGUGGCAAUUCUUUUCAAAAAGAUGUGAGUCAGUAUAUUCGAUACUCUAGUCUGAUGUGAAUUCACCAAAGUUGACAAAUAAAUUGCAAGCCAAUUUUCUUUGUGUACAAUCAAAGUAGAAACAGAAAUUAGUGUUAUCAUUGUGUUACAUACUAUUUAACUAAUGGAAAAAUGGAAUUUUAAAGAAUUUUUCUUCUUUUCUUACUUCCUACCUUUUAUCCUUUUUUUUCCUCAUCUUCUUUCUGCCUUGACAUUGGGGAUAAAAAAUGUGACUUUCUAGACACUGUAAUGUACUUAAAAGCAUGAAGUUAAUACAUUUCAAACAGCCAAAGACUUUUUGUUAGGAAGCAUAUAAAGAAUUUGCUGUUUAUUUAAUUGCCAGUGUUUUUGCUGUUUGCUGUGUCCUUUUGUUUUAAUGAGUAAACCAAAGAAUAUUUGCACUCCAAACU